UAGCAACCUGUGUUGUCUCAGUUCUGUUUGCAUCAUUAUUAUUCUCUCCUCUUUGCCUAGGUGUUGUGCCAUCGGGAGUACUUGUGUCAAAUAUUAAAGAGAAAAGGAAGAAGAGAAACAUCUGUUUGACAGUGAAUGCACUCACUCAAAUGCCUACGCACACACAAGCACACACAUAUACUGUAUUUGAAGAAUGCAAUCUAUGUUAUGUUCUUGUGAUGAAGAUGUUUUUCCCUACUGAAGCACCUUCAUUGUUCAACUCUUUAUCACUAAAAAUAUCUGAAUUCACUGUGUGUUACAGCAUGAUCUGGCCCCUGGGAACCUGACCCCAUCUGUGAAAAGCUCUUCUAUGAAUCCAGACUUCUGAAGUCAUUAGAGUAUUCAAGUAUUUGUGUUUGUUCUUGCGAUAUAUUUGGAAGUUAUGGGGAGCCACUACAACCAUCAUCACCAUCAGGAGCCCUCCGAGUCCUCUCCGGAAAAAUUGAUGGCACUAAAACUAAACACUGCUGUACGAAAUGGAUCACUUGAGACCAUCCAUCAGUUAUUGGGAGAAGGUGCAGAUAUUAAUUCUAAGGUGAAUCGUGGCUGGACAGCCCUCCAUAGUGCUGUGCAGGGAAAUAAGGAAGAGAUUGUCCGCCUUCUACUUGCUAAAGGGGCCAAUCCACAUGCUAAGAGGGAUAAUGGUGCUACUCCUUUUAUUAUAGCAGGGAUAAUAGGUAAUGUAAAACUUUUGGAGCUUUUUCUUGAGCAAGGUUCAAAAAUAGACGAAUAUGAUAAUAAUGGCUACACAGCAUUCCUGGAGGCUGCAUGGCAUGGGAAAGAGGAAGCCUUGAGAUACUUGUAUACGAAGGGUGCAAAUGUCAAUUUCUGUAGGGUUGUCCAUGAGGCAAAAAAGGUACUUGGUAAAGGUGGAGAAACAGCCCUAAUGUUUGCUGCCCGACAUGGCCAUAUCAACAUUGUCAGAAUCCUUGCUGAUGAAAUGGGUGCCCAUGUAAAUAUCUGUGACAAUAGGCACAGGAAUGCACUAGUGCAUGCUUUCCUAGAGUACAAGAAGUGGGGCAGAAACAAAGAAGAAAUAGCCCUUUUCCUUUUAAAAUGUGGGGUUGAUGUAACAAGAAAGGAUGAGUAUGACAAAACUACCCUAAUCCUUGCAGUUGAAAAACAGAGCCAAGACCUGGUGCAGGCUAUAUUGGAAAAAGGUGAAGUUGACGUAAAUGCCUUUGACAAACAGCAUAAAACAGCACUGAGGGUAGCUGUUGAGAAGAACAAUUGUGAAAUAGCCCAAAUGCUUUGUGAGAAUGGUGCAAGGGCAGAAAUUGGAAACCUCAUUGAGAUUGCCAGUACAAAUUACAAUGCCAAAAUGGCAGAUCUGCUUCAACAGUAUGGUGCCAUGGCUAGUUCACAUCAACCUAAGAAACAGUGCGCAACCACCAGCAGACGUUGGGGAGACAAGCUCCAAGACCUCUAUAGAAAAAGUUGUCUUAUGAUUGGAAAACUCAAGUUUUCCAUGGAUCUUCAUUUUAGAAUCCAGGAAAACUCACAGGGAGGUGUCUACCUGGGGUUCUAUGAUGGAAAAGAAGUUGCUGUAAAGAUAUUCUGUACGGAUGCAGAAAAUGCAGGGCGAGAGAAAGCCUGCUUUGAAAAAUGCCACACCAGCCAACAUCUGGCAAAGUUUUGUGGAUGGGAAGAACGAAAAGCCUGUCUCUAUUUGUGCCUCUCCUUGUGUGAGCAGAACCUUGAGGAGUACUUCAGCACAGCAGACAAUGGAGCCAUAAAGAACAACGUUAUUCUUGAAGCACUGUUUCUGGCCGUGAAGGAAUUGCAUGGAUUUGGAUUUGGCCAUCAGGAUCUGCAUCCAAGUAACAUUUUGAUAGAUUUUGCUGGAAAAGUUUUCCUGGCAGAUUUUGAUAAAAGUAGAAAAUUAAUUGAUGAAGACGAGAAGGACUGUAUAAUCCAAAGAGAUCUGAAGGAUCUUGAAAGGCUGGUUGUAUAUGUUGCAAUGAGAGGCAGAGCCCAGUUUGAAGACUUGCCCACAGAGUGCCCAGUAGAUGUGGAUGAUCAUAUGGAAGUGGAAGAUCUCAGAAGAAGCCUGAACACCCUUGAUGAAAGUAUCCCACUCUCUGAUAAACUGGAACACUUGAUAUACCAUCCUUAUUUUUGGACCAAGCAGAUGAAGUACAGGUUCUUAAGAGAUGUUGGGAAUGAAAGUGAUAUUAAGACGAGGAAUACUAAGCACCACAAUGAAGACAGCGAGAUUCUGAAGGCUUUGAAUCAAGAGGAGCAUCCUUUCAAGGACUGGACUGAAAAGAUCCACAAAGAAGUUCUAGACUGUAUGGCUGAUCCUUUUAGUGAAAGGGACAAGAAAAAGAAAAACAGACCAAAGAAAAGUUAUGAAAACUGUGUGACAGAUUUACUGAAACUAAUCAGGCAUACCGGUGAGCACUUGAAAGAGAAGGACGAAGAGGUGAAGAGCAUAGUCAAGGAGCCUGCAGACUAUUUUCUCAACCUCUUUCCAAAUUUAACAAUAUAUGUCUAUCGCAGAUUGUAUAAUAUACAAUAUGAUAAGCAUUUCCCAAAUGCUCAAACCCCUUCUCAGUUGUAAUGGUGAUCAGCAACGAAGAACGUAAAUCUUUGCUUGUUUUUUCAUGUGCAGGAAUAAUUUCCCCCCAAAAGAUUUGCCUCCCUGGGCAAUGAUUUUUUUUCCCUAAGAUUUCUAGGAAUAUUUUGGGGGACAAAAAUUGCAUGAAUGUGUUCUAUGCAAAAAUGUUUUUCCGUACACUGCAACGUUUUCUGUUACCGAUGAUGCUGACAAACAAAAAUGCUACUCUUUUUACUAAUGCAGGGAUGAAACAUUUAACAGUGUUUUAAUGAGCUGCCGAUGUGCGGAGGCACCCUUUCGUUUUGAGGGUAAACUUGCAAAUAUUUUUGUUUCAUCAUAAUCAGCACUUGAUUUCUGCAGGUGUUGCUUCUGUAUUUCUUCAGUCUUUAAUCAUUCUGUGAAGAUGCUCCAUGAAGUAAAGUCAAUGUUUCAGUGCACUCAGUGGAGUCACAAGGGUUGGCGUCACUCAGUAAGGUAACUGAUGUUGUCACCCCCCCUUCCCAGUUCACCUCUUCCCAUAAAAAACCAUAUCCUUAGUAUUGGUUUUUUGGACCAAUGUUGUUCAUAAGUCAUAAUUCUCAGAUAUCACUGUAUGUAAUGGUAAUACUUGUGACAUAAACAACUUGCAAAAUUUAAAAUUAUACUUUUAAAUUACAACAUCAAAUGCGCAGCCUAAAUGUCUAUAGUUUCAUGUGGUUAAAGUGAAAAUUUGGUAAAAUGUGAUUUCUUUAAUUUA